AUGGAUGAGAUUUUUGUUUAUCUGGAUAAUGGAACGGCUCUCCCACUGGAAUGGGCUGAAUCUAUUCAAAGCUCCUUUCAACUGAAGCACAUUGCUCUUGGAUUUGAUGGUGGAUUGACACCUAGACUCUGGAACUAUCGUCAAUUCUCGAGUUUAGACUUUUUGAAGCGUUCGAUUGCAUAUCCUAUGAAAAGAGACGGAAAGUAUAUUAUGAAAACCGAAACCGUGCGAGUACCUUGGAUUCAUUCGGUGAAGAAAUUCUUUGGUCAAUGGAAAAGCUUAGAGAUCUCAACAGAUGAUUUAUUUCUUCUUCACAUGCGAACCGAUUUCGUGAAUUUGACUGAUAAAACAAAUCUUUUCCCGGGAAUGCACCUGUUCGAGCCUCAUCAAAUCACUGCUUUACGUACAACGUUGAAAGAGAUUUUUGGAGAUAAUGAACCACCAUACAGAGCCCAGCAGACUCAGCCGGUUAUUGAUGAUUGCAUGGAAAGAGCAAAAAGCGAAAUUCCUGGAGAAGAUUGUUUGAAACCAACGGGUCGAAUAUGUUAUUCGGCUUUGAAAGAUCUCGAUGAUUGUGUGAAAGCUUUCAUCGAAGCCGAUCACCAAGCAUCGAGCAAACCAGCCGAGGACGCCGAACGAGCGGAUCCCAGUGGCCAGGCUCACACCGAGAUCGGUCAAAGGAAAACCACUGAGGACGCAACCGUUGCGGAACCCAGUGGAAAGGGAAAAAUCAUCGAAGCGAGCCCUCAAACCAACCCACUGAAAGUUAACACCUACACGAACGUGGUCAGCUAUUGUCAGUCAAAGAAUGGGAUUCCGGUGAAAAUCGCGAAUGUCUACGAGAAUUCGUAUGCCUUUGUCAUGACUGGAGAAAUGGACACAGUUCCGGUGUACAUUGGAGUGCAUCUUAACGAGAGCACCAACCAAUGGACCUAUUCGGAUGGGACACCGUUGAUCUAUCAGAACUGGGCGACCGGCCAACCAUCUAGUGGCAACAGUUGUGCCUAUCUUGACCCACAAAGCGGCAAAUGGGGAAGCGUUGACUGUUCAGUGGCAAUGGCCUCGAUUUGUUCGAUUGAUGGCACUAUGAAAACAACCACAACCACCAAACGUCCGACCACGACAGCUUACUCUGGCCCUUGUCUCGAUGAACGUUGGACCUAUUGGAAUGUGACCGGAUACUGCUACUAUUUGGAGGGCGUUGGUCUUGGGGACACAAUCCUUGGCGAACGAUGGGAGUUGUACUCUUGGCUGAAUGCCGAGUACGAUUGUCGAUUGAUGGGCUCAAAAUCGGGAUCGCAUUUGGUCUCAAUUCACUCAAAAGAGGAAGAGGAUUACGUUUAUCAGUUGGUUGCCUCAAAUAUGACCGAGUGGCCAAGCCAAUACGCCUGGGGUAGCCCGUGCUUCUAUCAACCGGCUUGGAUCGGAUAUUAUGGGAAUGGCUUGAUGGGGAAUGGGAAUUGGACUGAUGGGACACCCGUUGACUACCUCAGCUCAACGCUCAUCAAUGAGACGGCUCCCUGGAAAAUCUCGAAUGACCCCUCAUGCAACGAGGUACGCAUGUGGUUGAGGGGCAACGCGUAUUUGGGUUCAGCCGAGGCGGCUCGCUACGUCUGCAAGUCGCCCUCAAUCUACAAUAUGCCGACCACCACCCCGGUUCCCUCAACACCGGUCCCCACUCGUUCCCUUGAAGAUGAUCUAAAUUGGGAUUGGUACGAUUGGUGGACAGCUGAGGAAAAGUGUCAGAGUUAUUCCGAUGGAGGACAUCUUGCAUCGAUUCACUCAAAAAACGAAGAGGAUUUCAUUUAUCAAAUGCUUUCCUCAAGUACGAACUCAUCGACAGUGGAUCUCUUUGACACUUGGAUCGGUUAUUUUGGAAAUGGGACGGUUCGGACGGGUAAUUGGACUGAUGGCACUCCGGUCGACUACAUUGGUCAAUUCAAACGUGAUUGGUCUCCAGCCCGACCCAAUCAAGUUUAUGCUUGGAAGAUUUCAAAUGAUGUCUCGUGUGCGUGUAGUCCGCGCUGGUGGCUGAACGACCCGGAUCAAGAGAACAAUCGAUUCGUCUGCAAGUACCCAUCAUAUAACGGUGUCUCGAAUGAAAAAUAUCAUCGAAAAGUAGUCAAUGUGAAA